AUGGCUACAGCAGCUGCGAAACCCAGUAAAAACCAACUGCGGCGAGCAAAGAAGAAGGCCAAGAAAGCCGAAGCUGAACCACAGAGCAAUGGAACGCCGUCAGCGACCGUCACGCCUUCAGAGCCGGAUGUCCCCCAGUCUCAGCCUAAACCGGCAGAUACGGCUCACAACAAUGAUGGGGAUGGGGAUGGAGAAGCAGAUUACUCCUCGACCGAAUUUGCGCCUCAAUUAGAUGAGAAGGACCCGUUAUAUGAGAUGUUCAAAAAUGUGAUGGGAAGGUUUGAGCAAGUUGAAGUUGAAGAAGCUUUACUGAAGGUUUCCGAUAAGCCCGAAAUAUAUUUUGAGGAUGAUGAUAUUCCGGAUGAGGAUGAAGAAAGCGCUGCACCUAAAAUUUCUAAAAAGAAAAGGAAGGAGAUGAAUAAGUUAUCAGUUGCGGAGCUGAAAGCUAUGGUUAAGAAACCCGAGACGAUCGAUUGGACGGACGCCUCAGCAUCAGAUCCGAGGCUUCUUGUCCAUAUCAAAGAGUAUAGGAACGUAGUACCUGUUCCUAGUCACUGGUCUCUGAAACGGGAAUACCUGUCAUCGAAAAGAGGUAUAGAAAAAUCUCCGUUCCAGCUACCCAAGUUCAUCCAGGAGACUGGAAUCGCGGAAAUGCGCGAUGCUGUUUUGGAGAAACAAGACCAACAGUCUCUCAAACAAAAGCAGCGUGAACGCGUGCAGCCCAAGAUGGGAAAACUCGAUAUCGACUAUCAAAAGUUAUACGAAGCCUUUUUUAGAUUUCAGACGAAGCCGGAAUUGACUCGUUACGGAGAGGUAUACUACGAAGGUAAAGAAUACGAAACUAACCUCCGCCAUCUACGACCAGGUGAGCUCAGUGAUGAGCUGAAAGAAGCGCUGAAUAUUCCUCCUGGCGCACCUCCGCCAUGGCUCAUCAAUCAACAGCGCUACGGGCCUCCUCCAUCGUAUCCUGCCCUUAAAAUUCCCGGCCUCAACGCGCCACCUCCGCCAGGUGCUAUGUGGGGUUACCAUCCUGGCGGGUAUGGCAAGCCUCCUGUGGAUGAGCAUAAUCGCCCUCUUUAUGGCGGUGAUAUUUUUGGUGUUUUGCAAACACAGCAGAAUGUUCAGCAAGGGGAGCCCGUAGAGAAAGAUUUAUGGGGUGAGCUACAACCUCCAGAGGAAGAAUCCGAGGAAGAGGAGGAAGAUGAGGAAGAAGAGGAGGGUGACGAGGAUGUUGCCGCUGGAUUACAAACCCCAAGCGGACUGGAAACACCUAGCGGCAUGGUAUCUGCCAUGCCGUCUGAAUUUGGAGCUGCUGAAAGUAUUGCAGGGGAGUUUGAUCUCCGAAAACAUAAUCGUGGGACGGAAACCGAAGAAACCACGCAUCCGAGGUCGGCUUACCAAGUCAUCCCUGAAAGGCAGGCUCAGGUUCAGGGCUUUUUCGGUGGCGAUCGAGUGUAUGAUAUCAAAGCGGGAGAGUCCAAUAUUCCGCUUUUGGGAUCGGAGGAGCAGAAUAGAAAGAGGAAGAAGCCAGGGGAUGUAGACGUAUCUCUCGACCCAGACGCGCUACAAUCGCACGGCGGCAUCAACAAGGACAACUUGAAGAGCCUCUACGAAACGCAGAAGCAACAAGAGGCCAACCCCGACUGGUCAUUCCAGGAGGAUUUAAGUGAUAUGAUUGCGAAUGAAAGCCGGAAAAGAUUAAAAAAAGAUGAGGAGAGGCGGUCCAAAAGAUAA